GUUAUGAAAGCCAAAUACACUAACAUUUUAUACAUAUAUACAGAUAUAUGUAUACAUAUAUUUAUACACAUGCCCGUACACAUGCGCACGCCGAAAUAUAUGUACAUGUAUGUUGUAUGUAUGUAUCUAUGUAUGUAUAUACAUAUAGGUGUAACUAUUAAUAUUUAUUCCUUUAUGAUUUUCUGUGAACGAUAGUAUAAAACUGUUCUCAUCUUUUGCUGCAAAACCGAAAUAAUUUAAUCUCCGGCCGAUCUCCCCUAUAUUAAUAGGCCGAGAAACGAAAACAAGCACAAUCUUCUCCGGGAGCAAGAGGGCUUUCUCUUCUAGUCUCAGUUUUAGCUCCCCUCCCUCCAUUUCUGUUGAUGAAGCCGGCGAAAAUGCAACCUUUUUGAAAUCUAGACUCAACGGGAAAUCUCCUCUCUUUCUGUUGAAUUCUGCAACUAGCCUCUACCACUAUGUGUAAUACGAACAGCAGCGCCGUUUCCAUGGCGGCCACCGACGAAAAGAACCCACUAAUGCCCCAUCUCUGUUACACCAUCGUCCCGCUCUCGAAGCCCGGAAAGAACCAACCUUUGAAGUCGCCGGAGCUUGAGAAGCCCGCCCAAUUGCCUCUCUUGCCCUCACUGGCCGAGACCCUGAGGGAGGCCUCAUCCCUCUUCCACCUCUCAUUCCCCAUCGCGCUUACCGCGCUCCUUCUUUACUCCCGCUCUGUUCUCUCUAUGCUGUUUUUGGGAUCUUUGGGCGACCUCCCGCUCGCCGCCGGCUCCCUCGCCAUCGCCUUCGCCAACAUCACGGGCUACUCUGUGCUCUCGGGCUUGUCGCUGGGAAUGGAGCCCCUCUGCUCGCAGGCCUUCGGCGCCAACCAGCCCAAGCUCCUGUCGCUCACCCUCCACCGCUCUGUUCUCUUCCUCCUGUGUUCUUCCAUCCCCAUCUCUCUUCUCUGGCUCAACAUGUCAAAGAUCCUCCUUUUCCUCGGCCAGGACUCGGAAAUCACCUCCGUCGCCCAAAGCUUCCUCAUUUUCUCCCUCCCUGACCUCAUUUCCUUGUCUUUCAUUCAUCCCCUACGCGUAUACCUCCGCUCGCAGGGCAUCACCCGACCUCUCACGCUCGCAGCCUCCGUCGCCGCCUUCCUCCACCUCCCGGCCAACCUCCUCCUCGUCGCCCACCUCCGCUUCGGCGUCCCCGGCGUCGCGGCGGCCUCUGCUGCCUCCAACAUCGCCCUCCUCCUCUUCCUCCUCCUCCACCUCCGCGGCGAACCGGACCCCACGUGGCGGCUUCCCACGCGGGAGUGCCUCUCCGGGUGGGCUCCCCUGGCCCGCCUCGCCGCGCCGAGCUGCGUCUCCGUCUGCCUCGAGUGGUGGUGGUACGAGCUGAUGAUCCUUCUCUGCGGCCUCCUCCCGGACCCGAAGCCCACGGUGGCCUCCAUGGGCGUCCUUAUCCAGACCACCGCCCUCGUCUACGUCUUCCCCUCCUCCCUCAGUUUUGGCGUCUCCACCCGGGUGGGCAACGAGCUGGGUGCCAACCGCCCGGCCAGCGCCCGCGCUUCGGCCGCCGUCUCGGUGGCGCUCUCGGCCGGGAUCGGGUUCGCGGCGAUGGGGUUUGCGGCGGGGAUGCGAGAGCGGUGGGGGCGGAUGUUCACGGACGACGGGGAGAUACUCCGGCUGACGGCGGCGGCGCUGCCGAUCGUGGGGCUGUGCGAGCUGGGGAACUGCCCCCAGACGGUGGGGUGCGGGGUGCUGCGGGGGAGCGCGCGUCCGGCCCACGCAGCCCGCGUCAACCUCGGGGCCUUCUACCUCGUCGGCAUGCCGGUGGCCGUCGGGCUGGGGUUCGUCCUCGGCGUGGGCUUCACGGGGCUGUGGAUGGGCCUCCUCGCCGCCCAGGUCUGCUGCGCCGGCCUCAUGCUCUACGUCGUGGGGACCACCGACUGGGAGGCCCAGGCUUGGCGGGCUCAGGUGCUCACGAGGAACCCACCUGCCGGGCCCAAAGAUAAUAAGGAGGGAGGCAACGCAGUGCAUGAUGAGGUGGUGGUGGUCGAGGAUGGAAAGGCUGCACAAACUUGCUACGAGCCAUUCAUCUCCCUCAGAGUGGUAGACAUCCAGAUGUGACCUAUUUAUAUAGAAUGCACUUCUGAAUUCUAACUUUUAGGACUGGAGAGUGAUAGAGAGGAAAAAGAUGAUUUUGCGAGAAUUAUGGAUUAUAUAAUAAUUAUAUAUAUAUAUAUAUUAUAUAUAAUUUUUCCUAUCUAAUUGAAGCUAUUCUUGAUGGACUUUGUAUCCAUGGGUAAUGACUUCUAGGAGCAGAGAGUGCGAGGAUCUGUGCCUGUGACUCGGUGGUGCAUGCGUUUGUAUUACUAGACUUGUAUUUGUACCUUGGAUUGUAAUUAUUUUUAACUAUUUUUCUCAGCUUAAAA